CAGUAGCUAGUUUGUUUCAAUUCAUUUCUGUUUUUUAGAAAUAUUUUUUUGAAUAUCUCAUUUGACCGAUGGACACGCUUGGUGAUAUGAAUAGAGGUCGUGCCUUGGUCUGCGCUAUGACUCCCGAUUUAAAAAAAAGGCCCAUCCGUCAAGUUGACGUCUGACAGAUUUGAAACUUGCCGCCGUUGAUAUUGCGACAUUAUUUGUAGCCUACGUUCCCUAAUUUCUGCUGAUUUUGAGUUUUUAUCGACGACUUCUGCCUGCCCCUGGAUUUUGUAGUACCCGCAUCUCACGACGACCACCAUACAUCUACUCUACAUUCGGAAAAUUGCACGCCUUCACGACGACUUAGCUCACGUAUUUUUGGACAACGAUUCUGGUUUUCUCGACGACCCUUGCACUGCCCUUUGGACUUCUUGCUCCCACCGACGAUUAUCACUUGAAAAUAAGGAUAAAAUGGCUAUUAUCAAUGACCGAAAUGCUUCCUAUCCAUUGGUUCACGAUCCUAAGUAUUACAGGGACGAAAUGAGAUGCUUUGUCCCAUCGUGCAAAAAAUAUCGAAGGGACAAUCCCUAUUUAAGUUAUUUGCGUGUACCGCAGUCUCUUAAAGAAAUAUGGUGUGAAGCUUUGGAAAGAACUUGCCCAAAGAUGCCAUUGUAUGUCUGUGGAGAACACAUAAACGUUGAUGAAGAUUGCUACAAAGUUAAAAGUGGAAUGCUGAGAUUAAAAAGCACAGCAAAUUUGACAAUCGUAAGGACAUAUUUUGAUGAUACUGUAAUGGACAAUGCUGGUUCAGAAGAAACAAUAGAAAUGGUACCUAUAGCGUCUGCAGAGGAUGUUCAUGGAUAUCCUUCUCAUAAGCGAGAUGCUGCUACUCAAUGCAAAAUUGAUAAAAGACAUAAGGCCGUUUCCGCAAAACCAGCUGUGCGGAGCAUUGGCUGUACCGCAAAUAUAAAAGAAGCCUCUGGAACUAGAAAGCUUAUACAGAGUCCGCUCCAACAGUCGUCUUCCACAACAACCAGUGUGAAGUAA